AUGACAUUUGCUCCGCGAGCAGCGCUCAGCUCUCAACGGCUCUGCGUAAAUAUAGAGAAUAACGACUUCUUGGAACGACCUUCAAACCAACAAGAGCAACUGCAAAGAGUGUACGGAGCUCCUGGGAAAAAGGGACCAAAAGGGGAUGCUGGGCCACCCGGUAAUCGUGGCCCGAAAGGCCCGCCUGGAAAUGUCGAUUAUGAGAAGACAUAUCUUGUGAUUGACGAAAAGAUUAACGCAGCAAUUCGCAAAGUCCGGUCAGAAAUGAAACGAGACAUGAAAAAGAUUGAAGACAAGUUACUACAGGAGAAUAAAAUCCUUAAAGCCAAAAUAGACGGGUUUUGCAAUGUUGAAUACCAGAAUUCUUGUUAUUGGAUUCACCUCGGCAACCGGCCUAUGGAUAUUAAUCAAGCCUCUACUUUUUGUGAAGAAAGACAGUCCUCGAUAGCUGACAUAUUGGACGAAGAUCACUACACUUUACUAAUGGAAAAAAUUCGAUCUAUGUUGCCGAAAAACCGCUCAUCUGUUGAUGUAUGGAUCGGUACACAGCUGGAUCAGACUGGAAUCACAUUCUGGAACUGGUAUCCCAAGUACCCGUCUGAUCGCUCUGAAUCGCCAAAUAUCUCGAUCCGCAUCAGGAAAGACAAGAAAGACUCGAAACAAGGGAUGAGAAACCAUCCAAACUCAGCCGCCUUCAGCGACGUUAUUUGCAAAUUUAUAGGAAAUUAGUCACCUCGGCUUGGUCACAUACAAUGUGUGGUACAUGUUUACUGAACGACGUAGGUACUUAUAUUAGACGUGGCACAACCAUUUUUGCACAUGUUAUUUGUCACUCCCACUUGGUUACGUCAUCCUAAAAUUACGUCACUACGACCUCAUAAUCAUGCCAAAUAGCUUGCCAAAGUAUAGCUACGAUCGCCCG